AUGUCAACAAACAGCUCCACGCUGCACCAACAACAACGGUCUCAUGCCGUCGAUCUCAAUGUCUCUGAUUCCCCUCUCAAGUCGACGGUGUCAAAGGAGUCCACCAACAAUGGUGCAAAACCAGCACGCGGGCAUAAGCGUCAACAAGCAUCAAUAGGGCUUGGGAUUAUUACAACCAACUUGGAUAUGAAGGAUCAGUCGUCGUCUCAACAGCAGCAGCAACAACAACAACAAGAAGGAAGCAAGAACCAUGAUGAACAAGUUGUUACCAAUGAUCGCACCAAGACAGAUGCCUUCUUUAGUACAAGCACCCUAUCAGUACCUCGACCACCACCUCCAUUGGCUUCUUCGAUCUCAGCGUCAUCUCCAAGAAGAUCAAGUGACAGCGCGCAUGGACCUAUCAGUGCUCCUAUCACCAUGAAUGAUAAUGAAGUAUUGUUGGAUGGCGAUGAUGAUAUGGGAUCAAGUCGUCGAAUGACCUUUGCCAAUCGACUAAGACAUCUGGUGGCAGCGAACAAAAUGGCUCCUCCUGCACCAUCACCCAUUCCCAACAAUUAUCGUCAGCAUGCAUCAACAUCGUCUCCAUCAGCAUCAACUACAACAACAACAUCAACAUCAGAUAAAGCUGCAUCAUCAGGAUUACAACCUACUGGUCAUCGUUCAUAUUCUUCUUCCUCUUCUUCGGAUGAUGAUGAUGAUGAAAUUAUGCCAUUACCAAGUCCUGCUCCAGGAAGUGCAUCGAUGCAUUCUCGUCAACAUCGACUUUUCCCUAAACACCCUAUUGUUUCUCCACCUCAAUUAUCACCGGUGACACCAACAAGUGAAGAUGAUAAGCCUCCUGAACAUGCAUCCGAUAAUACAGCAACAACAACAACCAACAUCACCAACACUACCACCACCAUAGCACCACUACCACCACAAUCAUCAUCAUCAUUGGAACCUCCUUCACAGAGUAUACCCGUCAUUGUCACUUCACCUUCGUGGACUCCCGGACGACCCAAAAAUAAGCUUCCGUCACUAUCCGAGGAACCAAUGCUUGGAGAUUUGGAUGAUGUGGUAUCCACAACCAAUCACAAACUCGUUCCACCUACCAUGAAUCGUGAAUACAAGUUUCCAUCGCCUUCACCCAUGCAGUACACUGAAGAGGAUAUUGUGGGUAAACAAAUCGGUGAUUACAAGAUUCGGCGCUUGAUCGGUGUGGGUGCAUUUUCAAAGGUGUAUUUGGCAACGCGUAUCAAUGAUGGUGUUGAAUUUGCUAUCAAGAUGAUCAACAAGGAUAGAAUUGCUACCGAUGCCAGGAUACGAUCCAGUAUUGAACGUGAAGUGGGUGUAUUAAAGUUUAUUGAUCACCCAUCCAUUGUGCAUCUUGAAGCCACCAUGGAGACCGAACAACAUUUAUGCAUUGUCAUGGAAUACGCACAAGGCGGCGAGCUCUUUGAUUUCGUACAAAAAAUGCAUCAAUCAAGAAAACCUGUGGAUGAGGAAUUGAUUCGACGUAUCUUUACCGAGUUAUUACAUGUGGUGCUAUGGCUGCAUGAGCACAAUAUUGUUCAUCGUGAUCUUAAGCUUGAAAACAUUCUCAUUCACAUGGAUAAAGACGGCCAUCCCCGACUCAAGGUGACGGAUUUUGGACUUGCUCGUGUGAUUGAUCCGACAGCACCCAUAUUAACGACCCGAUGCGGAAGUGAGGAAUACGCAGCACCCGAAAUUGUACAAAGCAUGGGCUAUGAUGGACGCCGCACGGAUACUUGGGCUAUGGGUAUUAUCCUUUACGCACUCCUUGUCGGUUAUUUGCCUUUUAUGUAUAAUCCAGCACGCGGUGAGAAGGUUUCGCAUCUCUAUUAUCGCAUCGUGAGUGCAGAGUAUCGAUGGCCCUCGGCAGACUGGCAACAGCAUCCUGAACGUACCAUCAGCACGGAGGCAAGACAAGUGGUCGAACGUAUUCUUAAACGACAACCUGACAAGCGUAUCAAUUUGGCUGACAUUGAAACCCUUCCAUGGUUCACCAAACCAAUUACUAGUGACUCUCAUGCAUCAUCAUGA